UUUAAAAGCCUUGUGGCCCUUGUUUUUGCCUUUAAGUUUUGUUUCGAAUGUUUCGAAUUCAAGACAGUCGCAUUUAACAGUGCGAAGUUCGUGAUAGUUUUACGCAAAGAAGAGUUUCGACAAAAGCAGGAAGAGACAGCUUGGGUAAAUUUCAUAUUUGUUCGUUUCCUAAUUGAUCAGAUGCCUUCCACGCGCAAUACAGCCUCCUCGAGCAAACCGACUACCUCACAAAGUCUCGAUGAUGACGAGGACGAUAUCUUCGGCAGUGAGACCGAAUCCGAUACCCGCUACGAACUCGCUUCCAAUUUGGAAGCCGCUGCCGAAGAUUCCAGCGAUGCCCCCGUUCCCACUACCAGCCGCUACAUCGAGCAGCUGGUCGCUUGCUCCUCGCGGCAAGACGGCCUGGAGACGCUGUGCAAUUUAAUCAACGCUAAAACUAAAGCCAUCCGCGAGCAACACAACAUGGGCGCUUUACCGCGACCGUCUGCCCCGAUUUCAUCAUCCCUCGAACAGCUCGCUCAGAUGAAAUGGGGUCCCUUCGGGAAAGUGGGGAUGCACAUCCGCAAGGAGACGGUGGAGGAAUUGGAGCGAAUUAUCAAGGAGGAUGAAGAAGCGGCGGAACAGAAUGAAGCAGCGGAGGCAGCGCAGGAAGCGGAGGACGCCAACAUUCAGCUCGAUGAAGAGCUGACGGCAGAGAAUGUGGAAGUGACGCUGGAGGGACUGGAUAAAGACCUCCUGGGCGUCAACAGUCAGGCGGCUCUGAAUAAGCUGACGGCCUUCGUUACCAGGACGAUCGAGGAAAAUCAUCCGGCAGGGAAAAAUCGGGUUGUGCCACCUCCUGUUGUACCUCCGAAAAACACAACUGUCUCCACGGAACAACCGCAACCACUCCCUGACAACUCCAACACCCGUGCCAAUCCAGCCGACCCGUUUAAAUUCGCCUUCGUCUCCGUUGUGGCGACGUAUGAUGCCAAAUGUCGGAUAUCCCUAGAAGAUCUGCACUCCCGAGUGCGAUGUUGUAAUUUCGACCCGACGUGGUUCCAUAACGCGGUUAUCACCUUUCCCCGAUCGGAGGUGCGGGUGGCCGUCUUUGAGAACGGCAAGAUGGUCAUCACCGGUGUGGCCACGAUUAAGAACGCCCUCAUCGCCACGCGCAACACCUUGGAGAUUCUACGCAAUUGCGGCUUUACACCGGACAUCUCCAAACGCAAUUUCCGCGCCAAGAAUCUCACUGCCAUGAUGGAAUUGGGAGUGCAUUUGGAUAUAUCGGGAUUUGCGGAGAAGUAUCAGGACAGCACGUAUCUGGAUCAGGAUACAUUCGGAGCGGUGACUCAUCUACCUGAAAAAUCGGCCGGUCAGGAAGGUUAUAAGGGAGGAUUCGGGAUGUGUUUUCUGAUUUUUGCCACGGGAAGAAUCAUUAUGGUUGGAGGGAAGAAUGAGAAGCAUAUGAUUACCACGUUUCGUGACAAGACACUGGGAAUGCUGAAACCCUUUGCGUAUGGAUGGAACACAUAAUAUCUCGGUAAUGAAUUUCUCGAUACUGUGAUUUUAGUUUUACUGGUUUCAAAAACAUUAUUUUGUUAGUUGUUUGUGACGUGUGAUGUCCGUAAGUAUGAAGUAAUUUAUGUAUUUCCGCAUGCGCAUGUCUGAUAUCCUUUUUCCGUGCUUCUGUUCUUUUGUUGGGAAGGCGUUGCGCCGCAUAUUUUGUAACAAUUUGUUUUUUAUAAGAAAUUUCUGCAGCAUUUAGUUGAAAAUCAGCAAUAGUAAUAAACAACGAGCAAU